AUGUUGGGAAAUGUGCAAUUUGAUCCCUCAAGCCCCCCAAAGGUUAAAUGUCCAUUCUGCCGCCGGGUCACCACGGUUGAACGGGAGGAAGUCCGUAAAGGCACCGAGCUAUGGAGGAACCUAUGCUGCAUAUUGUCAGCUCCUUUCUGCUUCUACAGUCUUGUGUACUGCUGGGACUAUGUUGACUUCUUCUGUGCUGACUGCCAUUCCAAGGUGGCGUGCCAGGAGUCUGAGAGAACGGGAUCCGGCCUAGUGGUCUACGAACCUGGAGGUCAGACUCAGAGGUAUCACUCGAGCACCACAGCUUAG